AUGGUCGUGGCUACACUCACCACCACUGCCACCUCCAAGGACAGCAGCAGUAGCUCCUCUGCCGCCCCUGUCCGGCCCAAGCGCGGGAGCUUUAUCGCACUCGGAGGGCUCUUACCCAAAGUCGCGACGUCGCGCAAGGAAAAGAGUGCGCCGCCGCUCGAGCCCACAGACAUAGUAUCGUCUGCAACAGCCCAUGCAACGGACGUCGACCAAGCGCGGGAGCUGCCCGACUUCCACACGGAGCGCCGCUCGCUCACGGGCGUCGCCCCCGCAGCGCCGCCGGCCGCUUCGGUCGCGUCGGCGCUCCGCCGCCGCGGGCUGUCGAUCGAGCAGACGGCUACGUCGCUCUACCGCCGCAUGAGCGUGCGCCAGAGCUCAGCGCCCGAGGCCGAAGCGACAAAGACGUCGCUCACGGACAGCAGUUCGGGCAGCUCGUUGUCGCCGCUGGCUGAGCCCGAGCCCAAGAUCCGGCGCGGCAUGUGCGUGGCCACGACCUUUGGCACGGGCACAGUGCUGGACGUGCGGCCCGAGGACGGCUGCUACGUGGUGCAAGUCGUGCCCGAGAGCACUGCGUACGUGCAGGAGGAGGCCAUUGUGCGCGAGAUUAAGAGCGUCGUGGGCGAGCGCGUCAAGACGCGGUGGGGCAUGGCCACUGUCGAGCAGUACUACGUCGAGGAGGACAUGUACAGCAUUGCACUGGACUGGCGCUGGGACGACGAGCACGUGUGGCGCAUGAAGGCCACGACCAAGAAGUUUGACAAGAUCUAUCCCCGGGGCACGCUCAUGCAGCACACGAAGAACCGGCUGUUUGAAGGCUACAGCUCGCUGCGCGAGAGCGUGGUGGGGUCGAAGCUCUUGACGACCACUAAGAGCAUUGCAGCGACCAUGAAGCCUGACGCGCUGGAGCAGAUGGACGGUCUGGGUCAGGCUCGCACGCCCUUUGGCGUGUGUACGGUGGUGGCCGUGCGGCCGGACAAGUUGUUUGUGGUCAAGACUCCUUGUGGGGCUACCGCGUACUUGAGUGCAGACUCGGUGCGUAUGCUCGGACGACGGACGCAGUUUGCCAAUGGAGACCGUGUGGACACGCCGUAUGGACCGGGCCUUGUCGCUCAUUUUCGCGAAGAGGACGAGACGUACGCCGUGGAACUCGAGGCGUCGCUACCUGAUGGACAGUCGCCCGUGCUGUUCAUCAGCGACGUGCAGGCUCAGACCGACUUGGCGCCCGCACCGGCAGCUACGAACACGCGCCUGUCGUCGAUUUUGAACCUCACGCGCACGUCGAUGAUCAAUGCUGGCGAAAGGAUGCGCAGCGCCUCUGUGGCUGGGAACCUCCCCACGCUUCCAGCCAAUUUGCCGGCAUUACCGGGUAGCCUUCCGACGCUUUCGAGUGUCAAGGCCAAAGUGUCGACUAUGACGACGAUGAAGAUGUCUCCGAAGACCAAGUACCACAAGGACGAGCGCGUGCUGACCACAUUUGGGUCUGGGUUUGUGGUGGAAGCCCGUUCGCAGGACAAGACGUACCGCGUGCACUUGCGUCGGCUCAAGAUCUCGGGAUACUUUCACGAGUCUCGUCUGUCGCCGUUCCCGUACGAGCGCGUGACGCACUUUGUCGUCGAUGGUCGGUCAGUGCUGGCGCCGCCCAUUCCGAAGAACGCCAGCAGCUACAAGCGUCGCGCCGUGAUCAGUGCGGCGAUCAAGUCGGCUCGAGAAGGCACGUACGUUGAUCCGUCUGUGCUUCCGAAGGUGACGGAAGAGACCGUCAAGGCACCAGUGGAGGAGGCUAUGGUGGCCGCCGAUGCAGUUGUUGCUGCUGAUACUGCUGCUGCCAUUGCUGCGUCGGUGCCGAUGCCGGUGCCAGUUGCAGAGUAA